GAUUUUUCGAGCCCUGCUCCAAACUCUCCGGUUAGCUGCUAAAUCUUACUCCCAUCCCAUGAGCUCUCCGCCCAGAUUCUUUCCUCUGGAAUAGUUUACUCCACUUUGCUUCGGGCCACGAUCUCUUCUCCCUCUCCUCCACCUUCUCCAGCGUCUUGUUCUCCCCAUCCACCGACAACCCCGACUGCGCGUCCACGAAUGCACUCGCCAGCCCAAUCAUUCCCAUCGUGAGCAUCCUCGGACAUCCUCUCCCAUGCUUUCUUUCUCUUUCUUCCCAUCAAUCUUUCCCGGUUCGUUGCAUUGCGUCUGGAUUGGCCUGGCCCUGCUAGAUUCAGGAACCUUGCUUCCAAUGUAUUUCAUGUCAUCACCUGAUUUGUUGGAUAAUUCUGACUGAAUCACAGAGAGAAAGAGAGAGGUUCGAUCUUGGUCCAGUGUACAAACUGUGAAGAGCUAGCCAUAAUCUCAGUCUGUAUCCAGUGUUGCAGCAAUGGUGCUAGGCCUCCGAACAAAGACGAAGAAGGAUCCCGCCUUCCAUGUAGAUUUCAAUAUCCUCAUCCAAGAAAUCAGCCCAUGGCCCCCUUCUGAAUCCCUGAAAUCUUUGCGUUCCGUGGUCCUCUUUUGGGGAAAUGGUGAGCACAAUUCAGGGAAAACAAGCACUGUUGCACCUUCAAUUGGGUCUGGUUCUGCAGCGGGGAAGAUUAAAUUCAAUGAGUCCAUAAACAUGCAGGCUGUUUUUCAGAAGGAGGGGUCAUCCAAGAGUGGAAAGUGGCAGAAGAACCUGCUUGAGUUGAAUUUGUACGAGCCGAGGAGGGAUAAGCUGAAGGGACAGCAUUUGGGGACUGCAACACUAGACCUAGCAGAGCAUGCGAUGUUUCAUGAGGACAUCAGUGUUCCUGUGCCUCUCAAAUCCAAGAGGAGCUUCAAAAACAAUUCCCAGCCCAUGGUUUACCUCCGAAUCCAGCCUUUGGAUGGGGAUAACUCGAGUGUUUCCUCAAGAGAUGCAUUAUCAAAAGAGGCAUCAGUUGAUAAAGAUUCAAAGGAAUUGAUUUCAGCAACGAUGAGUGAGGAGUACACGGAAGAUACUGAGUUUGCUUCCUUUACUGAUGAUGAUGAUGAGGAAGCUCCAUAUCCAUACCGCUCGGGUGGGAAUGCGCUUACAGGUAGUGAUAGAUACCAGGAAUCUCUCAAGGGGAAGGAUAUCAGGAUGAUUGCUAAUGAAGGCACCAGCUCAUCAUUGGAUUCCCAGCGUGAAGUGGCAUCAUCCAGUACGAAAGUGAGGAAUGAAGAAGUUGAAAAGUACCCAAUUCUAGUCCAGAAAACAAAUGGCCAUCCAGGGAAUUUGUCUCUGUUAUCAAAUUUUCCCAGAGAACAAAUUCCAUCGAUUCCACCACAUAACGCAUUCAGAAGUGGUCGUAAAAUGUCAUUUGCAUAUGGUAUGACUGAUUCAAACCAAAGACACUUCGGGGAGAGAACUUAUAGCACUUUAACUAAUGAUAGAGCAAAUAAUAUGAGGUUCAGUAUGAGAGUUCCAGAUGUUAAUGGAAGUGUCAUAAAUAAGAAAGUUGAUCCCCAAAAGGAAGAAGUGAAGGAAGUUGAUUCCCAGGAUGUUGCAAUUGCUCAUGAGAAUAAUGCCACUGCUGAUGAUGGAUUGCAAGCCCAGGAGCCAAUACGCAUUUCAAAUAAUCGAAGCGACAGCAAAGUUCGAGAACUAGAACUUAAGGUUGAGUUGCUUGAAGCAGAGCUACGAGAAGUCGCUGCUUCUGAGAUAGGCCUUUAUUCGGUAAUUGCAGAACAUGGUAGCUCAGUGAACAAGGUCCAUACACCAGCACGAAGACUCUCCAGGCAUUUUGUGCAUGCACUAAAAAACUGUUCUAGAGACAAGAUGGGAAGUGCAGGAAGGAGUGCUACCUCUGGGCUGGUUUUGGUUGCAAAAUCUUGUGGAUAUGACAUUGCAAGGUUGAGUUUCUGGUUGUCAAACUGUGUGGUAUUGCGAGCAAUUGUUACUGAAACUUCUAAGCAAUCGGGCACUGCAAAUGGCAUCAAUUCUGCUGAUUAUAAUUCGAAAACAACAUACAGGAAAAACUCUGCAUCAAUGUGGGAGUCACUUAAUAGGAACAAAGGAAAAUUACUUUCCCCUGAGUUUGAUAAUUGGGAAGAUAAUGACACAUUUAUAGCUGCACUAAAGAAGAUCGAAUCAUGGAUAUUUUCACAAAUUGUUGAAACCCUUUGGUGGCAGACAUUCACACCACAUAUGCAAUCUGCUCAUAUAACCAGUGACUUGAAAACUAGUUCGAAUACAAAGAAAAGCUUUGGAAGGAUUACUGUUGUGGGCAACCAGCAACAAGCAACCAUAUCGAUGGACAUAUGGAAGAAGGCUUUCAAGGAAGCGUCAGAAAGGCUUUGCCCAGUAAGGGCAGCUGGACAUGAGUGUGGAUGUCUGCCUAUGUUGGCAAAAUUGGUGAUGGAGCAAUGCAUCGCUAGAUUGGAUGUAGCAAUGUUCAAUGCUAUUUUGCGUGAAUCAGAUGACGAAAUUCCAACAGAUCCCAUGUCUGACCCGAUAACUGAUCCCAAGGUUCUUCCGAUCCCAUCUGGCAAAUUUAGCUUCGGUGCUGGGGUCCAACUGAAAAAUGCUAUUGGCAGUUGGUCCAGAUGUCUUACUGACUUGUUUGGUAUGGAUAUGGACGACUAUCCAGAAGUUGAGAAUGUGGAUGGUAAAAAUGGAUUUGCUGAAUCUCGAAAGCCAUUCUAUCUCCUAAAUGCAUUGAGUGAUCUCCUAAUGCUCCCCAAGGAUGUGCUCAUGGAUACCAGUGCUAGGAAAGAGCUUUGUCCUACCUUUAGCUCGUCAAUCAUCAAGAACAUCAUUAAUGUCUUCGCAGCGGAUGAAUUUUGCCCAGAUCCAAUUCAAGAUUCUUUACUUCAAGCACUAGAAUUGGAGGACCACCUGGAGGGCAACAAUAAGGGCAUACGAUCGAUCCCAUGCAGCGCAUCACCCAUAUUGUACAACUCCCCUGCAUCUGGAGCAAUAUUAAGCAUCAUCGGCGAUCCCAGGAAGAGCGGAUCCGCCAUCCUCCGCAAGUCCAACACGAGCGACGAUGAGCUUGAUGAGCUGAGCUCUCCACUGACCUUCAUCUCUAACACGUCAUCGAACCCGAUUGCCAAGCUGAAGCGGAUCAGCAACUCGAACACGGCGAGGUACAGACUCCUCCAUGUGGUGUGGAAGCUGGAUGACCAGUAGGGAUUGCUCCUAACAUCUCUGUCUCUUUUGUAUAUAUAUAAGCUUUCAUUUCCUAUAUGAUUCCUAUGGGAAGGGCGCCCACUUAACAAACACACAUCGUGUGGCUAUAACCCUAAACCACCUUAUUGCACUCCCUUACGCGUGGGGUUGAGUUGCAGGGGAUUCGAUUUAUGGCUCUGAAAGGCUUGUUCUUCCGGUGCUUUGUAUGCUUGAUAAUACAAGCACCGAUGCCUUGCGUGGGUGCCCCUCUCAGGAAUAGUGUUGGUGUGCUGCUGCUGCCCUCUUUUUGAUGUUUUUCGAGAAAUGAGAUUGUGGUUUGUUAGUUGCCCUCUUUUUGAUGUUUUUCGAGAAAUGAGAUUGUUGUUUAUUGUAAAAUGCAAUUAUGAGAAAUGAUGACAAAAUAUACCCCCUAGUAGCCCUCUUUUUUAUGUUUUUUUGAGAAACGAGAUUGUAGUUUGCUGUAAAAUGCAAUUAUGAGAAAUAAAGACAAAAAAUUAUGAAA